CUAACCCUUGUAAUAGCAGCAGCGUGUCAGUGCUAUUAGUGACGUCUAUCGACGUUGCGAUCAUCGCAAAUAGCGAAAAAAAGAUAAAACAGAUUGUGCGUGAAAAACAUCGAAAGAUGUAAUGGUUUACGAAUUUCAUGAGUUACCGGUAGAGAAACACUUUGAAGAAGUGCACUCGUCGUAUGUAGUGAUAGACUAUAGUUCGAUUAUUCUACGUUUAUCUUUUGUAUUCAUUGUUAUGAGAUCGGGGGGUUUAUCCUUAUUUUGUAUUCUUGAAAUGGAAGAUGUGUUCACAAACGUCGCCUUUAAGUAUUCUUAACGGUGGUUAAGGCAAAUCUAAUCGCAGCCGUCUGGUGCAUUUGAAUGAACAUCGAUCAAGUAGAUUCUACUCUGAUUGUUAUCGGUCGAACUUCGAGCUUUCGAUCCAAUCCUUUAGCUGUUAGAUUCGUGAAAGAUUGAUCGAUAUAUCUGCGCCCCAUGUGACGCUCUUACGAAAUAUGCUCUGUCGGAAAUCGUUGGCAUUUUCGAUUUCCAACUUCGUACAUUUCUCACGUAACGCGUUUAUGGUGAAUGCACCACAUGUAUUCCUCAAAAAAAGGAGAUCCCCUCUGUCCUCUCGGUUUCCAUCCCCAAGUGCGAUGGCCGACCCGUUGCAAAAGAUGUUUCAGAGAUUACAAGGAACAUGGCGGCAAGAGAGAUAGCUUGAGAGAUAUUACAUCGUCGUCACCCAGCCUUACGUUUGAUCAAUCCUCAGGCCGAUCUGCUGAAAAUGGAAAACGCGGUUGGUCCUCGGCAACUAAUUUAGCAAAAGAUGACUUUAAAGGAAGCUCGGAGACAUCGUAUGCGUCUGCCGGUUGGACUUCGCUCAUGGAUCUUACUGCGAUCGAUAAAGAAGAAGAAAGAUUGGAAGCUAGGAGGCCAACAAAGCUGCAGAUUAAGGAGGUUAUAGAUAACAGCAAUGAAAGCGCCUCAGAGAAUGAUGUUGAGUUCAUAAUUCAGGUGAAGAAGUCGAAGAUUGGUUCUUCGAAAAGCAGCGAAAAAAAUGGAGAAAGACGAACGAGAAAAGAAGAGUGGACGGAAAAAAACGAGCUGGAACAGUUAAAGGAACAAAUAAAGGAAUUGCAAGCACGAUGCGAGAAGGCGGAAAAGGAGAAGAGCGAGAUCCUAAUGAGACGGUUAACGACUAUGGAAACCAUAUCAAGUAAAGCUUCACCGAAUGAAGUACAGAAAUUACAGAAGAAGAAUGAAGUGCUUAUGCAAGAAAAGUCAAAUUUCUUGACUAAGAUAAGAGAACUUGAGAAAGAAGUAAACUCUAAAACAUUCAGAGGAGAACGAGACCGAGAAAAAGAUGAGUUACGUUCAAAACUAAAAGCAGCAGAGAAUUUAUGUGAGAAUUUAAUGGAUGAAAAUGAAGAUAUGAAGAAGGAAAUUAGACAAUUGGAAGAAGAGAUAUACGAAUUGCAAGACACUUUUAGGGAUGAACAAGCAGACGAGCAUGUUCGUUUGCGAAAAAGUUUGGAACAGUCAAAUAAGAACUGUCGAAUCUUAUCGUUUAAAUUAAGGAAAGUCGAACGAAAGGUAGAGGAGCUAGAGAUUGACAAGACUACUUUGGAAAAAAAAUACGAAGAGGUGAAAAAGAUAGAAGAAACAUUGCAGAAAAUUAAAGGGGAAUUCCAAAAUAGACCUCUAAGAAAAGCAACUGAGUUUACAACUAAAGUGCAAUUAAAAAAAAUGGUAGAUGAAAUGGAAAAGGAAAUAGGAGAUAUGAUGACUGUCUUCACUAAUAUUUCUGAUAAUAAAGAUGUGGAUAUUCAAAAUAUGAAAUUGAAAGAUAACCACGUGAAGUAUGACAAAUUUUUAAAGGAAUAUGAAUUACUUAAAGAAAAGCUCGAUUCUGUGUCGAAGGAAUUAUCAGAUGAAAAAGAAAAAAAGAAGACGCAAUCUAAUAUCAAAAUAGACAAUAAAAAUACGGAUUUGCAAAGCAUGAAAAAGAAAUUGGACGAGGUAACGACAUUAAGAGAAACGGAACGGAAGGUGUGGGACCAGGAGAAAACAGCGCUAUUCGAAGAAAAAGAGAAACUAAAAUCGAAGCUGCUCUCUCUAUCUGCAGAAAAACUUAAAGUAUAUAACGAAGUUGUACAAUUAAAAAAAGAUUUAGAAACGGCAAAAUCAUCGGAAAAUGAAGGCACAAAGAUGGAAAAAACUAUAAAUGAAUUGAAAAAAGAAUUGUCUCAAGAACGAGAAAAAUUCAAGAAGCAGCAAGAUGAUUUAUCAGCAUAUAUGGAACGAGAAUCAAAAAUGAAACAGUCAAUGACAUCAGUCGAACAAACGAAGACUAAGCUCGAUACUGAAGUAAAACGUUUAAAAAAGGAAUUAGAAAAUACAAAAUCUUCCAAUUCUACAAAAAUAAAUGAUUUAACUACAGAGAUUUCGGAACUCAAAAAAGAAAAGGAAAAUUUGUUGUCUCAAAUUGAUCAAGAGAAACAAUCGAAAGAAACUGAAGUAUCUACGUUGAAAAAGAAGAUUAAUUCAUUGGAGAAAACUGGAUUGAGUACAAAACGCAUGAAUGAAAUGAGACAAACGUAUAGUGAAAAAAUUUUGAUAUAUUAUAUUUUAGACUUGGAGAAUGAACUAAAGAAAGGUCAAUUGGAGUAUGACAAACUGAACGAAAAAUUCAAAGAACUGACGAAUUUAAACAAGCAGUUUGAAUCGGAUAAUGAAACAUUAAAUAGUAAAUUACGAGAACAAAACGGUGAACUGAUAAGUAUUCGCAAAGAACUAGAAUCAAUGCGUCAGUCCACAAAAUUAAAAGAAAGCGAAUGGCGAUCAGAAAAGUCAGCUUUAGAACAUCGUAUACGAGAAAGUGAGUUACCAAAUAAAGCACUAAUAACAGAUUUAAACAAUGAUAUAAGCAAUUUAAAAAAGGAAAACAAUACACUAGUAACACGAUUAGAAGAUUUGAGAAAAGCGAAUGAUGACCUUUCUGACAAAUUAAAAGACUACGAAGCAGUAUCAAAAAUCCAUCAAGUUUUGACGCCAGACACCACAGCUUUGGAAUCAGAAAUACGAAAAUUAAAAAAUGCCCUUGAAAAUAUGGAAAAGGCAAAGAAAGCAGACUUAGCUCAGUGCAAAAUGCGAUACGAGCAUAGAAUCACUGCUAUUAAUGAUGAAAUUCAAGCUAUUCAAAAUCAGUUAUCUAGAUACAAACGCGAACGCGAUACAUACAAACAUAUGCUAGAAGGUGCUCAAAAAACUAUCACAGAGUUAAAAUCUGUUAGAGGUAAACAGUCGACAACAUUAUCUGGGAAGACUGAUGAGAAUGAGGAAGUAUCUGGUGCCAGUGUAUUAGUUCUAGAAAGACAAAUUAAUAGCUUGGAGGAUGAGCUUUCUGAAACAAGAUUAGAGACAUCUAGAUUGAAAGCUGAAUUAGUAUCUGAAAAAUCAGCAAGUCAUGUUAAAGUAUCUGAAUUGCAAUCACGGAUUAAUGAACUUGAAGAAGAGAGAAUGCUUACUAGUGGCAGAACAAAAAUUCCAGGAUUGAAAGUUCGUAUGGAAUUGGCAUGGCAAAAAGAGAGAGAGGAACACCAAAGACUAUUGCAAGAAACAGCUACACUAGCGAGGGAUUUACGCCAAACUUUAUUCGAAAUUGAGAGGGAACGUUCUAAAGAACGGUUAGAGAAUAAGAGGCGACAAGACCAAUUAAAAAAAGUAUACGAUGAAGAAAAGGAAGAAAGCAAAAGGAAAUUGCUAGAGAUACAAUGCGAUUUGCUCGAGUUAAGAGAUGCUCACGCGAAACUAAGGACUAGUAAUGAGAAAAUGAGACGCGAAAAAGAACGACACGAGAAGGAAAGAGAAGAACUCAAGGAUGCUAUCCUAAAGAAAUGUAAACAGGAACAGAUUGAAUUACGAAACAUUAAUGUAUUGAUGCAACAGGUCAAUGACUUAAUGAAAUUUUUCCCUGAAUUAAACGGUAUAGCAGAAAAUGGAACUGCGAAUACUUAUACGCCUACCCCUCCUAGGCGAUUGAAGGGACCAAAAUCGAGAGAAUCAUCACCAAUGUUAGAUACGAAAAGUGAUAUAAGAGGUUCAAAUUCUCAACUUGGUGAAAGAACAGAAAAAUUAGAAUAUACUAUUAAAAAAUUAAUGGAUGUCGCAAGAGAAUUGAAGGAAUCAAAGAAAGCAGCAGACGAACUAAAUACAACACGAUUGAAGAAACUUGGCAAAAGGUCGACAUCUGUGGAAAGUGACCCAGGAAAAGGUAUAACGACAUCUAGUUCGAAACCACGUCUUAAAAGAAAAAGUUUAUCUUUGGAACAGACAUCAGCACGAAAUGAAGAAUCACGCAUUUGGGGUACCGACAGCAAUAUGUCCAGUUUGCAAUCAUUAGAAAGUUCGGAUGCCGAAGGACGAGCGCUGAGUUUACAGAGAGAUUCCAGUGUUGAUAGUCGCCUCUCUAGUGGUUCUACAAAAAGUGAGAUGUUGGAUAGAGAGAAAAAGCACAGUAAAGGUAUAAUAAAAAAGAUUACAACUAAAUUAACUAAGUCAGCCAGUGUGGAUGAUCCAAAUAUUUCCAGGGAUCUUUCUAUUCAGACAUCAGGAUCUGAGACAAGUAUCAAUGAGAAAACGGAAAAGAAAAAUCUGAAGAAAAAAUUAACAGAUAUGUUUAAAAGAAGUUCAAGAAGCAGCAGCAUAGAAAAGAAAAUAAGUUCCACAAAUCAUAGUAGACCAGCAUCAAGAAACUCCACGACGUCAAACAAAUGAUUCGAUUAUACUCUUAAAGUGUAGCAAUAUACUGAUAUUAUAUUAUCAUUUCAGUGUACAGUGGCAACAAAUAAUGUAAAAUCAGGGGAUUACUCAAUUACAUGCAUUAGAGUAUAUGCAAAAAGAUAUAUUCUUGUAUAUAUCGAAUAUUACUUUGCUGUUUUAAUUUCAUAUUUGCACAAGCAUUUUCAAAUAUUUCACUGAAU